AUGAAGUAUGUGGUGCUGUUCUCGCUAAUAUUGGCGAACUUCGUCAGGGAACCAACUCCAGUGGUAAAAGUACAGAGUGGUCUCAUCAGGGGACGAGUCAGCGACGAUGGAAGGAUCUACGAAUAUUUUGGCAUACCGUACGCUACUGUCACGAGGAGGAAUCGAUUUAAGGCGCCACUACCGCCGUCGAAAUGGGACGGCAUCUUCGAAGCAAUCAACGAGAAUAUUCGAUGUCCUCAGAAAAUGAUCGGCCCUAUCAUUACAGGCGAAGAGGAUUGCCUUAAGUUGAAUGUAUAUACACCAGCUGCAGUGGCUCCAGGAAAGGCGCUUCCGGUGAUGGUUUUUAUUCACGGUGGUUGUUUCAUAGAGGGAACUGGGUCCGCAUUCCUCUACGGCCCAGAUUUCAUAGUGGAACAGGGUGUCAUAUUUGUUGGCAUCAACUACAGACUAAGUGUCGAAGGCUUCUUAUGUCUGGGAAUUAAAGAAGCACCUGGUAACGCUGGCUUGAAAGAUCAAAUAGCUGCUUUGAGUUGGAUCAAAGAGAAUAUCGCUGCGUUUGGAGGUGAUCCUAACAGCGUUACACUGUUCGGUGAAAGUGCUGGGUCCGCAUCAAUUUCUUUCUUACUCCUAUCACAAGCAGCUGAAGGAUUGUUCCAUAGAGCUAUAUUACAGAGCGGCCCAUCCGUUGCUCCUUGGACUAUCCAGCACGAUCCAAUCAAAACCGCCAGUACCCUCGCUAAAGAAUUCGGUUAUUCUGGUGACGAUCCUCAUAAAAUUUACAAAGUUUUAUCGAGCAAAUCAGCCAACGAACUGCUAUCUGCUAUAAAAUAUACAACAAGAAUGCAAUACAUAACAGCCGAAACGCUGUUUGUACCGUGCGUGGAAAAGAAUAUACCAGGUGUGGAAUCACUCAUAACCGAAUAUCCUAGUGAAUUGAUAAAGGCCGGUAAUUAUACAAAAAUUCCCAUAAUAAUUGGCUACAAUAGUGAGGAAGGUAUAUAUUUUGUUGGAAAGACACAUGGGGUCAGCAUAAAUAAUGUAGAAGAAGAAGUGAACCUCGACGAAAUAUUCAAGAAAGAUUUAGUAUUUCCAUCCGAGGAGACCAAAAACGAUACAGUCAGAAACGUCCUGGACCAUUACUUCUCAUCUGAUACAGAUGACUCGAUAAUGGGAUUAGUUGAUUUAGUUUCCGACUUACAUAUAAAGUAUCCAGUUGCGUUGGAAGCAAACUUAUACGCCAAGACGACAGAUAAGCCAAUCUACUAUUACCUCUUCAAGUAUAAUGGGUACAUAAAUAUGCCAAAGUUCAUAUCCGGUUUUAUGUUCAAACCGGGAGCAUCACAUGCAGAUGAACUCCUGUAUCUGUUCAAACCUCACACGUUUCCGUUACCAACUAGAUUAUUCGAAAUGGACAUGGUCAAGCGUAUGGUGACUCUCUGGACAAACUUCGCUAAAUAUAGUGACCCGACACCAAAAACCUCAAGCCUCAUCCCGGUGCGCUGGCGACCGAGUCGAGCAUCGAAUCCCAUAGCGCUCAUCAUAGACAAGCGACUCACCACCGGACCCAUGUGGGAUGAAGACAUCAUAAACUUCUGGAACACCACAUACACUAAAUAUAGAAGAAGAAAUUAUGGGUUUAGGAAUGAUAGUGACAGUGUAUUUUAAUUUUAUGGUAUUUUCAGAGCAUGUAUAAAAGGGUGUAAAUUAUAAAAAUUUCUGUGAUAUUGUUCCAAAAAUUGUUUUUUAUAACAAACUCAUUAAAUUAAUUGCUUAAAGAAAACUUUUAGACGAAAGUGUAGUGUUUAGUUUUUUUUAAUAUAUAUGCGUAAAUUUAAGUGUAUUGGAUAAAUACUGUACUUAAAGUCCUUACCUUAGAGAACAUUAUUGUGUACCAAAUGUCUUAAGGAUUUUUAUUACAAUCUUCCUUAAGUCUCAUUGCAAUUUAAAGGAAAUUACGUCUUUUAAAAAUAUAACUUUUUAAUUUAAUUUUAUCAUAACAGUUAGUCAUUGCCAUGUUAAUUGUUGAUUAUUUUGAGUUUUCAAUAUUUUGGGUUACAAGCGUCUUGGUAACGGGUGGUUAUUAAAAAUGGUGUAGGAGCAUCACAUACUGUGUAAUUACGUAAUGUUUUUUGUUAUUUUUUUAUUAUUGUUAUUGUGUUAGAUUUAUAAUUUAUGUCAAGUUUAAGUAUUUAUUUUAUUAUUAUUUUUGACAUUAAAAUGAAAAGAGAUAUAAAUGAUGUGACUGUUAUAUUACGAGUAAGGUAACGAAAUAUACUUACUUUUUUGUGUAAUUA